AUGUGGGAGUCUCGGACACUGAACGAUGGAUCCAGUAUACCUGGUAUUGCCUUUGGAACUGCAUAUACAUGUAAAGAAGAGCUAGGUCCGAGGAUAGAGAAUGCGCUCAAGGCUGGAUUCAGACAUUUUGAUACGGCUCAAGGGAAGGCAUACGAUAACGAGAGGGAGCUGGGAGAGAUACUAUCUCAAUCUGGGAUUCCUCGUUCAGAAUUAUUCAUCAGUACAAAGUGGUCCAAUCCUACGAGUUCUACGCCUCUUCAGGCUUGUCGAGCGAGUUUGAAACUCCUUGGCGUAGACUAUGUCGAUCUGUUCUUGAUCCAUCAGCCUAGAAACUGUGCGGGAGAUAUACCGGGCACUUGGAAGUUGAUGGAGGAAAUCAAGCAGAUGGGGUUGGCAAGGAGUAUCGGCGUGUCAAACUUCAAGGUUGAUGAUCUGGAAACCCUGCUCGAAUCAUGUACUGUCCCACCUGCCGUCAACCAAAUCUACUUCAGUCCAAAUAACUAUGCGUCAUCUAAACCCCUCUUGGACUUGGCUCAACAGCAUGAUGUCCAAAUCGAAGGUUACUGGACAUUACGCCCGUUAGCAGAUGACAACCCCCAGCCAGUCGUCCGAGUUGCUCAUGACAUCGCUCAAAAGCUCAAAUGUCAAUCUGAGCAAGUGCUACUAGCAUGGGCCGGAGCAAAGAACGUCCUCGCUGUGACCAGAACCGCUAGAGCAGAACGGAUGCAGAGCUAUCUCGGCGCAUCAGAGGUCAAGCUGGACCCUGACGACAUCACCGAUCUCGAUGCGGCAGGAGCUAAAGCUUCACCCGACUCAGAACUCCCAUGA